GUGCGUGCGUGUGUGUCUGUGUGCCUGCGCGGCUGGGGCCCCCUCGGCUGCUGACCCAGAGGCUGCUCGGGGCUGGUGGAGAGCGAGGGCGACGACGACUGUCCUCCGAGGCCCAGCACGACACAGGCCUUUCCCCGGCCCUCAGCCGCUCUCCCGGAAGAGACGCAGCCCCGGGGUUAGUUAGUGAGCCAGCCCUUUCGGCCGGGAAGAGACUCUUGCCUUCUUCUUUCCCCCUUUCUUUAUUACCUCAGCCGCGCGGGGAGGGUGGUGAGCGCGCGCGCGCCCGCGCGAGACAGAGGAGGCUGUUGUUGGUUGUCGUUUGGCGGAGCUGCCUGAUUUACGACCGUCGCGCGGGAGCCCUUGGUCGGGGCGGAACGAGGGAGAAGGAGACGCCGCCGCCGUGCAUCGGACCCGGGGAUUUGUUCAGUCAUGACCACAGCAGACAGAAACCUAGCCUCACUUCUUUGCUAUUGAUGCAUGACCUGGCAUUUCUGCAACUUCUGGGUCUUAGACUUGGAGCUAAUCUAGAAAAUAGCUUGUAUAAUUUACCUCAAGACAUGGUCGAGGAAAUAAUGAAAAAGGUGUGCCAAGAUUCUUGAUCAAUAAGUGAACUUUGAGAUAAAAGAACUACUAGGCCCAUGUUUUCGCCUGAUCAAGAAAAUCAUCCAUCAAAAGUCUUAGUGAAAUAUGGUGAAUUGAUUGUGUUGGGGUACAAUGGAUCACUGCCAAAUGGAGACAGAGGAAGAAGAAAAAGCCGGUUUGCUUUAUUUAAAAGGCCCAAAGCAAAUGGGGUGAAACCAAGCACUGUGCAUAUUGCCUGCACACCUCAGGCAGCAAAGGCAAUAAGUAAUAAAGACCAGCAUAGUAUAUCCUACACCUUGUCACGAGUCCAAACAGUGGUGGUUGAAUACACACAUGACAGUAACACAGACAUGUUCCAGAUUGGGAGAUCAACAGAGAGCCCUAUAGACUUUGUAGUGACAGAUACUGUUCCUGGAAGCCAGAGCAAUUCAGAGACUCAGUCUGUUCAGAGCACCAUCUCAAGAUUUGCCUGCAGGAUAAUAUGUGAACGAAAUCCUCCUUUCACAGCAAGAAUAUAUGCAGCAGGCUUUGACUCCUCUAAAAACAUCUUUCUAGGGGAGAAGGCUGCCAAGUGGAAGACCUCUGACGGGCAAAUGGAUGGGCUAACCACAAACGGAGUCCUUGUUAUGCAUCCACGCAAUGGAUUCACUGAAGACUCCAAGCCAGGCGUGUGGAGGGAGAUAUCGGUAUGUGGGAAUGUGUUCAGUCUCCGAGAAACAAGAUCUGCUCAACAGAGAGGAAAGAUGGUGGAGAAUGAAACCAACCAGCUCCAAGAUGGUUCACUGAUAGACCUCUGCGGGGCGACCUUGUUGUGGCGCACUGCAGAAGGACUCUCUCGCACUCCGACCGUGAAGCAUCUGGAAGCCCUGAGGCAGGAAAUCAAUGCCGCCAGGCCUCAAUGCCCUGUGGGCUUUAACACAUUAGCCUUUCCUAGUAUGAAGCGAAAAGAUGUUGUGGAUGAAAAACAACCCUGGGUUUAUCUAAACUGUGGCCACGUCCAUGGCUACCAUAACUGGGGGAACAAAGAAGAGAGAGAUGGGAAGGAUCGGGAAUGCCCCAUGUGCCGGUCUGUCGGCCCCUAUGUGCCUCUAUGGCUCGGCUGUGAAGCUGGAUUUUAUGUGGAUGCUGGGCCUCCCACUCACGCGUUCAGCCCCUGUGGACACGUGUGCUCGGAAAAGACAACUUCCUAUUGGUCUCAAAUCCCUCUUCCUCAUGGCACCCACACUUUUCAUGCCGCCUGUCCUUUCUGCGCACAUCAGCUUUCUGGGGAACAAGGCUACAUAAGACUUAUUUUCCAAGGACCUCUUGACUAACACACCCGUGUAACACAAGGACUGCAUUAAACUCAUACGCAUAAGCUAAAGGAUUCUGAUUUCAAAUGAACUGUCAUCUUAAAUCAACUGUAUUUCAUUCUCUGGGCUUUGACAGUUUAUUUUGAGAUGAAGAAUGCUUUUAUUAUUAUUUCAGUGGUUUAAUUCCUCUGUAGAUAAAGAUGUUUGGCUGUGUAAAAAAGCCAGGUGAUGGGCAGGUGGUGCAGGCUGAAGUGAGUUCCUUGCCCAUCACUUUUUGAGAUGGAAAAGAGAAACUUCUUUGCCUUUAAUGUAAUGUUUUGGAUAACCUGCCUUUAAUAUCUAAACAUUGUCUUUUUGUAAAUAUAUUACUGAGGGUAAACGUGAUCAGCUCAAAAGGACCUUAGUUUACAGCUUGAAUUGAAACUUUAUGUAAAAUAGAACAAACCAUGUAUGAUAACUCCUUUUUCUAUUUAUCUUUACUAUGAAAAAUUAUCCUACAUGACUUGGAUAGAAUAGCAUGGUAGUGAUGUGUUGCAUCCGUUGACUGGAUGUGUAGAGUAGUUCUUGACCAGAAUAGGGUAGGAGGAGGGGGAAAUGGUAGAGGAGUUUUCUUUAUUUUGUAAAAAUCAAUAACAACAUUGAUCUUAUAGCAAAGUCAAGGGUUUUUACACACAAUUAAAACAAAUGACGUGGAUAUGCUCUUUCUUUUUUAAAAAGUGCUUAACCACAAGUCAGAUAUUCCAGUUAAACUCAUUGGUUUUUUCUUGCUUUUUCGCUCUCUCUCUUUCUCUGUCUGGUAGAACUGUAAGAAAAGAAACUGGUCACUUAACAUUUACCUGAUACUUGGAAUAUGCAAUUUAUCCUCAAUGAAAUUUUUUUCUUCCUGUGUUA